CACACGCGUCCGCGUCGCCCGACUUGUGCAAUACCGCGCUCACACCACCUGAGACGCACGCCGCAUGCGACGACAAGCACUGCGCAAUGGGCUCGCUGUCGCAGGCCGAGACGGCGCAGCUGAAGGCGCAGCUGCAGGAUGCCGUGACGUGCUGCUCCGACCGCGGCCUCUACCAGGCCGCGAAGUGGGCUGCAGAGCUCCUCGUUUCGUUCCCGGAGUCGGACGACGACGAUGCCCUCACCGACGUCGACUCGCCCAUGUCGGACGCGCCGCCGCGCACGCCCAACGCCGUGCCCCGGGACGCGACCGAAGCGCGCCUCGAAGCCCGCGAGACGCACAAGUACCUCCUGGCCAAGGCCUUCUUCGACUGCCGUGAGUACGACCGCUGUGCCGCCGUCUUCCUCCCCAGCGCCCUGCCCAAAGGCGCCGCCAUCGGCACGUCGCCGCCCUCGGCCAAAUCACAAGCCAAAGGCAAGGCCAGGCAGGGCACGCCCACCACGGCACAGCGCUCCAGCGGGGGGGUGCACGCGCUCAGCCAAAAGUCGCUGUUCCUGGCGCUGUAUGCAAAGUAUCUUGCCGGCGAGCGGCGCGUGAACGAGGACAGCGAGGUCAUCCUUGGCCCUCGCGACGGCGGCGUCGUGAACAAGGAACUGCAGGGCAUAUCGACGGUGCUGGAGGAAUGGUUCAGCAAUCUCCCGUCAAGUGGCAGGCAGCCGCAGGGCUGGCUCGAGUACUUGUACGGCGUCGUCUUGGCCAAGGGCAAGAACGAGAGCCUCGCCAAGGACUACUUCAUCCAGAGCGUGACCUACUACACGUUCAAUUGGGCAGCCUGGCAGGAGCUCGCCAGCCUCCUGGGAACCGCCGAAGAGCUGGACGACAUUGUCCCGCGCCUGCCCCAGAAUCUCAUGGCCUUCAUUUUCCACGUGACCGCGUCGCAGGAACUCUAUCGUGCCGACGAACAGGUCCAUGAUUCUCUGACCAACAUACUCAGCAUAUUCCCGACCUCCGCUUUCCUGCAAUCGCAACGGGGGCUAUUAUACUACCACACCAAAGACUUUGAGCCUGCAGAAAAGGUUUUUUCCGACAUACUGCUGGCUGAGCCGCACCGUCUUGACCAUCUCGACAAUUACUCCAACAUCCUGUAUGUCAUGGGCAAUCGACCAAAACUCGCAUUCUUGGCUCAGCUCGCAUCCAACACAGACAAAUUUCGGCCAGAAACCUGCUGUGUGAUUGGCAACUACUACUCUCUCAAAUCGGACCACGAGAAAGCUGUCAUGUAUUUCAGGCGAGCUCUGGUCCUCGAUAGAAGCUUUCUAUCGGCAUGGACGUUGAUGGGUCACGAAUUCGUUGAAAUGAAGAACACCCACGCCGCUAUCGACUCGUACAGACGUGCUGUAGACGUCAAUCGCAAAGACUACCGCGCCUGGUAUGGCCUGGGCCACACCUAUGAAUUGCUGGAAAUGCACUCGUAUGCCCUCUUCUACCACCAGCGCGCCACGGCUCUGCGUCCAUUCGAUCCAAAGAUGUGGAUGGCUGUUGGGCAAUGUUUCGGCAAAGUAGGGAAAAUCACAAACGGCAUCCGGGCGUACAAGCGCGCCUUGGUAGCUGGAUCGUACUACGACGCAGGGGCGGGCUCGUCCUUCGGCUCUGGCGACAUGUCUGCGCUUGGUGGGGGAAUCCUCGAUCCCGAGGUUCUCUAUCACAUUGCGCUGCUUUACGAGCGCCUUCACGACAUGCAGGAGUGCGCUGCAUACAUGGAGCUUGUUCUUGCGCAGGAGGAAGGACCCGACUAUGACGAGUCAAAUCCUGAUGCGGGUGGCGGCGUCGGCGUCACGGCUACGACGAGCAAAGCGCGGCUGUGGCUAGCGCGCUGGGAGUACAUGCGCGGCGUGUACCAGAGGGCCAUGGAGCUCGCGAACGAGCUGUGCCAGGAUGGGGUAGAGGUCGAGGACGCGAAGGCGCUUGUCAGAGACAUCCGCGCCAGGAUGGAAAGAGGAAAGCACAAUGAGUUGGAGACACCUUGAGUGGGUGGGUGCAUCGCGACUGCGCAAGUACUGUUAAUGGCGUCAAGGUAUGAUACCCGUUAUGUUCAACCUCUGAAAUAGAUUCACUUCAUAUACGC